AUGACAACUGAAGCCUGGACUGUCAGUUACGAAGCAUCUUCUGCUGUCUACUGGGAUUAUAAUCCCCUCCAAGAUACCUGCCCACCACAGGACCUACCCUACGCUUGUGUCUACAUUCCCAUCCUCUACUUCAUCACUUUCUUCAUUGGUUUCAUUGGCAAUCUCUUGGUGAUUGUGCUGAUGGCCAAGAAGAGAGGAAGCAAGAGGCUGGUGGAUACCUUUGUCCUGAAUCUGGCUAUCGCCGACCUGGUCUUUGUCCUCACCUUGCCUCUCUGGGCAGUGUCAGCAGCUCAUGGUAACAAGUGGUACUUUGGUGAAAGCCUGUGUAAGUUCAGCAGCUUUAUCAUCUCUGUGAACCGCAGCUCCAGCAUCCUGUUUCUAAUGGGCAUGAGCGUGGAGCGUUACCUGGUGGUCAUGAAGCGUGUGGACUCCAAGUCUACUGGGACCAAGAACUGUCUGAUCAUUGCCUGUGGUUGCAUCUGGGCUGUCUCUCUCCUCCUAGGCAUUCCUUCUCUGAUGUAUCGGAAGCUCAGCCUCUCAGAGGAUACCACUGGUGAAUUGUGCGAGGAUGAGGACUCUGUCACCUUCCAGGUGCUCAGCCUGGCUUUGCUCAUUUUGACCUUUCUCCUGCCCUUGGGAGUGAUCUUAUUCUGCUAUUGCUCCAUCUCCUUCAAGCUGCUGAACCACAUCAGGCUGGGAAAGGGGACGAAGAACUCCCUCCAGAUCAUCUUCACAAUCAUUGGUGCCUUCAUCUGCUGCUGGCUGCCCUUCAAUGCCUUUAAAGCGUUCCUCUUCUUCUCCUCCAUGUUCCAGGGAGCAGAUCUGUCUUGCUGGGCAUUAAUGGCUCUCAGGAGGGGCCUGACCAUCAGUGCUUGCUUGGCCUUCAUGAACAGCUGCGUAAAUCCCAUCAUAUAUGCCUUGAUGGAUCACCAUUUCCGACGCCAGGUGCUGCCACAACGACUCCGGGUCUGUGGUGCUUUCCAGGAGACAAGGCAAACCUCGGGCUUGUCCUUCUCAUCCACUACUGAGUCCAGCCUCAUGUUCGCCAGCCGGAACAAGCCAUCAUCACCAGCAUCCAUUCGACCAGAGAUGUAA